AAGUGCCCAAUAGCCAGAAGGAGGUAGACGCGGCGACCGGUGUGGCUGAGCCGACCCCUACAGACGAUCGCUGCUAGUGAGAGACUGUGGGAGCAGCUGGGCGCGUGUGGGCGGAGUUGGCUCGUCACAGAAUCCAUUGCAUAUUUAUAGGCAAGUCCCGCCAGGUGUGGAUUCACUGGAUUGGGUCUUGGGAGGUCCAGCCAAGAUGCUUUGUCCUCCCCCGUCUCAGCUCUCCUGAGUUCAUAAUCCUCCGCUCCUCAUUAAACGUCCCUGGUUCUCUCGCCGUUCUCUCCACGUGCAUGGUUUCCGGAAGUGCUCCUGGACAGCCCGACCGUGUACGACUUGCUCGCAUUGACCGACUCCUCGCUUGAUUAACUAUCAGGUAGCGUCCAGCCUCUGACGAAGCGGCGCCGCGCUAGAUGGUGAUGGACCGUCUGCCUUCUAAACUCCCCUUCUCGAAGCGCCGAUUGCGGCCGCGAGUGAUCAUUUCAUAUAUCAUCGACUAUGUCGUCCUUGUCGGCCUCGUCGUCGGUUUCUACAUCAUCGAUAGGCUCGAGCCAUAUCAUCAGCGUUUCUCUUUAAACAAUAUAUCCCUUCAGUAUCCAUAUGCCGACCCCGAGCGCAUAUCGAUUUUCGCAGCCGUCGCUUGUUCGGGGGGAGGUCCGCUCGUUAUAAUUGCUAUCUACACACUGUUCGUUGACGGGCUAUUUUCGCACAACAAACCGAUUAAAACGAAUGGGAAGAGGAAGUUUACAGGGCCAUACCGGUUCAAGGAUCGGCUGUGGGAGUUCAACUGCGGGUUUCUUGGCCUUGUCCUAUCCCAGGCGCUGGCUUUUGUUAUUACCCAAGCCCUGAAGACUGCUUGCGGCAAGCCCAGGCCGGAUGUCAUUGCUCGGUGCCAACCUAGGCCCGGUAGCGCGGACGGUGUGCCCUUUGGGCUGUCGGACUAUAGUAUCUGUACUGGGGAUCCUCAUAUCUUGAAAGAUGGCUUCCGGUCAUGGCCUUCAGGUCAUAGUAGCUCUUCGUUCGCGGGUCUGUUCUAUCUAUCGCUUUGGAUCGGCGGCAAAUUGCAUAUUAUGGACAACAAGGGCGAAGUCUGGAAGAUGUUCCUGGUUAUGUUUCCCUGCCUCGGCGCAACCCUGAUCGCCGUAUCCCGAAUUAUGGACGCGCGACACCACCCAUUCGACGUGAUCACCGGGUCGCUACUAGGUAUAAUCUGCGCCUCUAUCUCCUACCGGCAAUACUUCCCAUCCCUCUCCGAACCCUGGAAGAAGGGUAGAGCCCAUCCGAUUCGAUCUUGGGGCACCGAGCCAGCAUAUCCAGGUGCGUACGGUCCGACGGAUAGCACCGCCGCGCUUCGGAACCCCGAAGACGAUCGGAUGCACGAGCCCGCGCCAUCUGUGAUCCCGGAAUCCGCUCCGCCUCCCCAAACAUACCCUCCACUUAACCCCUACGCUCCAAGUGUAUACUCUCGCCCAGCGCGCGAAGACGCCUGGUCAUCAUCGAGUGAAGAAGAUGUCGCGAACGGAUUCGAAAUGCGCCCGGGAUAUACCCGUACUGCUAAUCCGGCUCUUCCCACAUAUGAGCCUGCGAUGGCAUAUCAAUCUCAGACGAUGCCAACGAGCCCCAGUCCAGGACCGGGGCCGGCCCAGGGAGCUCUGCAUCCGGGGAUGGCCAUUAGUCCGCCUCCUGGAGUUGCAAUAACUCCCCCGCCCCCUGGAACGCGACCACAUGGCGCUUGAUAUCCCAUUUAUAUAUGAAAGCCAACUUUGGAUUAUUUGCAUCUCCAAUGUUACGACUAACGAUUUAGAUUGUUUCUUGGCUAUGUCUGCUAUCUAUCUACUUGGGUUAGAUUUGGUAGACAGCGAGCAUUCACCUAUUUCAUGCCUUUUGCGAUACCAUGAAUUGCUUUGGAUUUGAAUGGAUAUGUUGAAUUGGAUAUGGCAUUGAUAUCAACUUUGUACUACUACACCUACACCGCAUAUUUUUGUUUUGAUAUAGCCGCUAGCCAGGUGUUGCUACUGCUGAAUAUACAUGCAUUCCAU